AUGACACCGAGCUGGUCUCUGUGUGCCGGGCUACAGGGCGGUCCGGGUGUAGACAUCUGGUGGAUUCAGUUUGUUGAACAUAGACACUCUGAGCUCGUUGUUUCUGUGGAUUAUUUCCUCAACGGAGCAGCACGAUGCGAGAUGUCCAGCUCAAUAAUGAGACCUGCAGGAACGGGUCUGUGGUCCGGCUGUGGUGCGGCCCUCAGUCUGCAGUCUGUCUGUUCACCGGAGGUCAAACGCAGAUCUACACACACCUGGACAACAGCACUCAUACAACAGGUUUCCUGGUGUACAUGUCGGUGGUUUUGGUUCUCUGUGCGAUACUCGUGCUGUAUUUCUCUCCUCGGUUCGGUCGCACCAACAUCCUCAUCUACAUCAGCAUCUGCUCGCUGCUGGGAGCCUUCACCGUCUCCUCCGUGAAGGGCCUCGCCAUCGCCAUCAACAGCGUGUUUGAUGAUAUUUCAGUGCUUGCUAGUCCUCUCACCUGGAUCCUGCUCUUCACUCUCAUCGUCUCCAUAGUAACACAGGUGAACUACCUGAACAAGUCUCUGGACACCUUCAACACCUUGCUGGUCUACCCAAUCUACUACGUCCUCUUCACCUCCGUGGUUCUGUCCACCUCCAUCAUCCUCUUCCAGGAGUGGCGGAGCAUGGCGGUGGUGGACGUGGUCACAACACUGGGCGCCUUCCUGGUCAUCGUGGUGGGCGUGGCCAUGCUGCACCUCUUCAAAGAGCUGCAGGUGACGAUGAGGGAGCUGACCAGUCAUCUGUCUCAGCCGGUGGAGAGGGAGGGGCUCACAGAUGAGAUUUCAGCCAGUCCACGAGCAGAAGGAGAUGGAGGAGAAGGAAGAAGGAGGAAUAGAAAAGAGGAUAAAUACGGACUGAUGGACAACAUGGUGAUAGAGAGUCUGCCUCCUAUGAGAGAGGAGGGGCCGAGAGUCUUCAUCAUCAGCUGAGAGAGACCGAAGAAGAACACAGGUUUGUGUUUCCUGUCUGGACGUUGGAGUCCAGACUCACUCUGACUGAUGUUAUAAGCACUUUUUUAAAGGUCCAGUCCUCCACUUUGACAGUGUUCCAGUUCACUAUUGAGGUCCAUCAGCUUUCAUACAAAGAAAUAAUAUUUAACUGGACAUACUGUGCAGGUCCUGGACAGAAAUCUGAGGGAAAUUGACCCCAUUUACACUUUACUUCUUGGGCAGAUUGGAUUACUAUUGGAUCUGUAAAAAGCUGUAAAUGCAUCCAAGAAGGAUUCCCUUCAAUUUUAACUCUACAAUCUGCAACAUGACUACAAAGAGAAUUAAAACCACUUCAAAGAUACCGAAUGACAAUAAAGAGCCAAAAAUAAACUACACACAGAUGCAGAAACCUACAAAGAGACAUAAAACAUUUGGAAGUGAAAGAAAAUGUAUUAAAUGAAAAUGAAAGUGUAUUAAAUCAUGUCUGGAUGGUGUCCAUAUAUGUGACAUUUGAAAAGAUAUGUGUAAAUGGGGCCACAGUCCAUUAUUAUUUGAGAAAAUAAUAAGAUCUCCUGCUACACCUUCAGAUCGCCUUGUUUCAUUUUCCUCCUGAAGGCGGCGAGAGAUGUGUUCUGUAAUGUGAGAAAACGUUUUAUAUGUGAAUAGUUCAUUUCAACUACCAUUAGUAACUAGCUUCUGAUUUCCUUUAUGCACAAUUUAAACAACUUUUGUUUGUUAUUGUUGUCAACAAAUCUCACGCAGGAACCAAAACCAAAGCUGUGUUUGUCUCUUUAUACUUCCUGGCUGCUCCACGCUGUCUGUGGCAGUCUUUAAAAAUACCGUGUGUAAUGUGUUUACAGUAGCUGCGAACUAGGGAUGCUACCCGAAACCAUGUUCUGAAUUGAGAUCAGUUGUGAAUAAAUAAUAACCUGCAGUAUUUUUUUAGGUCACACACACAUGCACAGACCAGGCAGUAGUGUAACUUGAGAGCAGAGACCUCUGAAGUGUGGUGACCUUUAAAGUCAAGUCGACAGUUCAUCAAAGUCCACUAAUAAGCAGGAAAUAGACCCCAAAAUUCUUUAAUACUUUUAUUUAUUUCUUGUCUCAGAUGGAAUAAAACUAGUCAUUUCGUCAACAGAUACUUCAAACUUAAAAAAAUGUAUGUGUGAACAGGACAAAGUAUAUUCUCAGGAUAAAACCAGAUUGAUGAAGGUGUCCAAGAUCAUGAUCCUCUUUCAGUUUCAGGUGUCACACGGAGGCCCCUUUUCCACAAAUUGGUUCUUGAACCAGCUCCUGGAUUCUCUUGCAGCCGGACAUCGUAUUUAAAGUAAAAAGAUUUUUUUUUAAAUCUACAAAGAGAGGGAGAAGAUCAAAACAACAAUAUAAAUAUUAACAAGCUCAACAAGCUAAUUACAUAUAAGUUAUAGAAACACCUUAAUGUGGAGGUCGAUACCGAUGCCGGCUCCCCACUGGUGGACAAGGACUGUGAGAGGGAUCAGAUUUUGGGCAGGAGGGUAAAUCUGUGAAUUAUGGCCUUUAGAUUUAAUUAGGGUUGUUCCGAUACUAAUACGAGUGUCAGAGAUGCCUCCGAUACAGCCUUAAAUGCUGCAUCGGGUUUUGGAUACUGAUCUGAUAUUACGAAAUUGAAUAGCUUUCAAACGCGACCUCGCUACUUUCCAGAAGUGUCACGUGUGCCGAUUUUUUCCCAGAAAGGCAAAGUUAUGACUCACUCUGAAAUACUUAUAUGCUUACCCUAAUCAACAAAGGCAACAAGUACUAGCCAAUCAGAGGCAGAGAAAGGCGGGUCAUAUGUGCUCUGCUGGCACUGGGCACUCCUGUUUUAGGGAAGAGUUGAUUUCCGGCAUCGUUAGCCAAAGCCAGCUAAAUAUAAGUCAAACUACGUAAUAAAAGAAAGUUCAUGUAUUGGCCGAUACACAGAGUUCAGAUAUUGGGAAGAAGAAAAUAGUACCGGAACAUCUCUAGUUUUAAUAAAGUGUUUCCUAUUCAUUAUUUAUCAUUUUUCAUAGCUUUUGUACUUUUACUUUAUGAUAGAACUGCGACUCUUGGUUGAAGACGUCUGGCUCUAAGCUAAUUUAGCCUGGCUAGCUAAUGUAGCUUUUCACGGCUGGACGGACAUGAAUAAAAUAACAGUAACGUUAAUUUAACCGCUGUAAACAAUCAAUUAAUUGUUGAUUUUGAUCAUUUCAUGGAUUUGUUGACAGUAAUAAAACAGACUGUUUGGGAAACGCUGGAACAUUUCAAAAAGAUAUCUCUCCAUUACACUUUAUUCAUUUUGUUCAUUACCAUUUCAAACCCUGUACAGACUUGGAACAUAUCUUGUAAAAUUAUUGAUAAUACAUAAUAUUAAUGAUCUUAUUUCUGACAUCACUGUAAAAAUGUUGAAUAUUUCUAUGCUAACUGGUGAAAGUUCGUUUGAACAGUGUUGUAUUUCUAUCUAUUCAUUCCUUGACUUUGUUUUUAUUAUGUAUUUAUUUUUAUUCUCACAGAGAGUUUGAUUUUAUUUGAAAGAAAAACCAUAUCAGGAGGUCAGACUUUGGUUGGCAGAGCAGAGUGAGACGUCUUUGCUUCUUCUUCUUCUUCUUUGUGGAUGUUUCUGUCUGACUUUAUGUUUCCAUUGUUUCUGUCGUCUCUGCUGAUGACUGCAGUCUAUGACGCAGGCGGACAACACAAACUGUGGUACAUACUGACCAUCAUUUAGUGUUCGCUGUUAUAUAAGGGAAAAUACAAAAACACAUACAUUUAUGUUUAUUAUCUAAAAUAACGGGUGGAUGUAAACAGCCAAAUAACACAUUUAUAAUAAAAACAAAACAACAAAUAGAUGCAAAAGGACGACUUUUUUGGCCUCAACCCUGAAUAAUGUGUGACCCUGACGACACUGAAUGAUGAUCAGUAAUGAACUGUAUAGUGUGUGUGGGUGUGCGUGCUGU